CGGCAUGCUAAUAUGGAUAUUGGCCUUCAGAUAUCCGACCGAACAUGUGUUGAUGAAAGAUAACGAGGCUAUAAAUCUAUCAACGAAAGGAUGGCAAAUGAAUUAUUCCAUGAGCCCGGAAUCUUGCCAAUUCAGAUGAAGUCAUUAGAACUUAAGAAGCGUUGUGAGAUUUGUUUCACAUUCGGAAUGCCGACAAACGAGGACUACUCAAGCAAGGUCAAAAUUUCGGACCUAGUACACAGUUCCUCGUCUGGAUGUCCUACUUGCAGAUUGAUUUAUAACGCCUGGUUAUCUUCACGGAAACUUGCCUCUCUACUAGGCGAUGAAAAGGAUAUCCAUGAGCAGGAAAUAUGCUUCUUUGGAUGGGGAUUUACGGCAGAGGCGAAAUGGGAAGGGAAUUGUACUUUUACCAGGUUCUUUAUCACCCCCGAAUGUCGUCAUCCGGCCUUAACUUAUCUUCCCACGAGCCGUGGCUACAGAACGAUAGCAGAUAUGUCCCAAGUGCAGAUCUUGAAAGGUUGGCUGAAUGACUGUCUCAGUCACCCUGGAUGUGCGGAGAAAUGGAAACCAACAUUGUUACCAACUCGUGUUAUUGAUGUGGGAUCCGAGAAUAAGGAGCCGAGACUCUAUCUCUCGCGGACUGAAGAGACUGGACGAUACGUUGCACUCAGCUAUUGCUGGGGUGGCAAGUAUUUUAUUCGCACCACGAAGUCGACGAUUUCUAUGAGAAUGCAAAAUAUUCCGCUGUCAGAUUUCCCCAGAACUUUGAAAGAGGCAAUCAUUGUGGUCAGGCUUCUGGGAUAUCAAUACCUUUGGAUUGACUCUCUUUGUAUCAUCCAGGAUGAUGCUUCUGAUUGGGAAGUUGAAUCGGGAAGGAUGGCCGAUAUAUAUAGAGAUGCCGUUUUGACGUUCGCUGCGUCCGAAGUUGUAGAUUGUGAUGGGGCUCUACUAUUUCCAGACCCAAAAGGAGAUUCAAAGAGGGGCGGGUGGGUAAUAGAUUACCAGCCAGUCACUGUCGCGGCAUUGAUAGUCGAUGAAGAGGGGAGAGAAACGAAGAUGCAUACCCAAACAGAGAUGCACGGAUGUCCGCCGAUGAUCCGAACUCCUCCAUCCGGGUUCCAGCACCGCAAUCCUUGUGCAUCGGAUCAGUUGCAUUGGAUAACUGGGACCUGGCCACUCCAGAGGCGAGGAUGGACACAUCAGGAACAACUCCUGUCGACUCGCAUAGCACAUUUCACAAAGGCCGAGAUUGUUUGGGAAUGUGGUUCAGCUAUCCGCUGUGAGUGUUUAAGACUCGAUGACGAGGCAGGAGCUACUUCCGAUCGCUGGGAUCUUACCAAAUCGCUCCAGAAUGAAAUCCUAGUCGAAAGAUUUGAUGGUUGGCGUAGGAUGCUCGGGAGCUAUUUACUGCGGCGACUGACUUAUCCUACUGACCGUUUGCCAGCGCUAUCUGGAUUAGCUAAGAGAAUGCAGUCGACUGGUGGAGGACAGUACUUGGCAGGACUCUGGCGAGAUGAUAUAUUUCAUGAACUCCUCUGGCACGGAACCCCCCCUAUGGCCUUUCGAACUGACUCAAAAUACCGAGGUCCAUCCUGGUCUUGGGCAUCGUCUGACGAGAUCAUUAGUCAUGACAACUUACGGCCCUAUAUUACAGGUUCUGAUGGAGUUUUGGUGACGGUGGCUUCUGAAUUUGUGGAUGCCAGGUGUGAGCCGGAAGGCAAAGAUUUAACAGGGAGGGUGAGAAGUGGAUACAUUAUUCUGCACGGUCCAGUUUUCACCAUUCAGACUGGUCAAUUGAAACAGGUAGCUUCUACAACCUGGGAGUUUUAUCUUCAAGAAACUGCGUCUUCCUUGGGAUACGUCAGUCCAGCCUCUUCAGUCAGUCUCGGAGUGGCACUUCCAUACGAAGGAUUGCCUGGGGAUACAAUAUUUCACCUGCUGCUAAUUGGAGAGACCCUACAGCAUGGGAGGGGACUUGUUUUGCAAUUUAAGGGAAAAGAUAUCUUUGAAAGAAUUGGGACUUUUACAACUUGGGGUUUGAGGGUCUUAGAAGUAAUACGGGGUGCUCAGAAAAGGACAGUGAAGAUUAUUUAAUAUAUACUUUCAUUUUUAUUUUAGCUAAGCUUAGAAGAUAUAUAUACCCUUUCUCAUUAGCGCAAAAAGUACGUAGUAUAUUUAUAUAAGUUAU